UUUAGGGACUAUAUUUGCGGAGAUUUAUAAUUUUGAGUUAUUCGGCUCACGUUCAUGGUCACGUAAGCCAUUUUGAGAUGUGACAGUAGAAAUUUUGUUGGACGGUUACCACUUUUGGCAUUUUUUAGCCAGACAAAUGCUUGAACUGGCAAAAUGGAGUCUUCAAGUGGUGGAACAAAUAUUCCAAAGAUUAUGGUCUUUAGGCCAACAUGGGAAGAGUUUAAGGACUUCAAUAAAUAUAUAGAGUACAUUGAAUCACAAGGUGCUCAUAAGGCUGGAGUUGCCAAGAUUAUUCCACCAAAAGAGUGGGUACCUAGGAAGGCCGGGUAUGAUGAUCUUGAUAUAACUAUACCAGCGCCAAUUGUGCAAGAAGUGUAUGGCAGCCAGGGGCUCUAUACACAGUAUAACAUACAGAAGAAAUCCAUUCAUGUAAAAGAUUUUGAAAAACUUGCAAAUGGAGAGAGAUUCCGUACACCAAAACACUUUGACUAUGAUGAACUGGACAGAAAAUACUGGAAAAAUAUUACAUUUGUCAACCCGAUGUAUGGAGCUGAUAUUUCUGGUACACUUACAGAUGAAGAUCAAGAGUCAUGGAACAUUAAUAAGCUGGGGUCCAUUCUUGAUUUUGUUGGCAGUGAUUAUGGAAUUAAAAUCGAAGGUGUGAACACCGCAUACUUGUACUUUGGGAUGUGGAAGACAACAUUUGCUUGGCACACAGAAGACAUGGAUCUUUACAGUAUAAACUAUAUCCACUUUGGGGCACCAAAAACCUGGUACUGUAUUCCGCCAGAGCAUGGUAAAAGACUCGAGAGAUUGGCUCAAGGUUUCUUCCCCACAAGUUUUCAAGCCUGUCCAGCAUUUUUAAGACACAAGAUGACUCUGAUUUCACCUAAAGUAUUGAGACAGUACUCCAUACCGUAUGAUAAGAUAACUCAAGAGGCUGGAGAAAUUAUGAUCACAUUUCCUUACGGUUAUCAUGCUGGGUAUAAUCAUGGGUUCAACUGUGCCGAGUCUACAAACUUUGCUUCACUUCGCUGGAUAGAGUAUGGAAAGAGAUGUCUACAGUGCAAGUGUAGGAAUGAUGGUGUGAAAAUAGAAAUGGAUACGUUUGUAAAGAGAUUCCAGCCAGAGAAGUUUGAAGCAUGGAAAGCUGGUAAAGACCUGGCUGCUCACCCUGAGGAUGAUCAAAGCAAACUGUAUAAACACAGUGAUACAAGAAAACAGCCUAACUCUUCUGGAAGAAUUGGACCUAAAAGACAUCCCAUAUCUAAAAUUAAGACUACAGAUUCAGAAGAAGAAGAUAAUAACGUUGAAGAGCGAAGUAAGAAAAGAGGUCGACCACCCAAGUUGAAAACUGAAUCAGCACCCACUGAGCAGACAACAGAUGAAGCCGGAAAGGUGGCUGCUCUUCCCUAUGUGAAAGCUAUGAAAGUUCUUAAGAAAGAUCCAAAAGAUGUAAAAUUGAAAGAAAGUGAAACUAAAUUGAACACUAAGAAACAAACUAUGAAAAAGCAAUUAAAGGAAAUAGAAGAAUGUGAUACAGAAACUGAUGAUUUUGAAAAGUCAGAAAGUGUAGAAAGUAAAGCAAAGAAAGAACAACAGAAAGGAAAUGUAAAAGCUUCAAAAAUGGAACAAAGUACAUUAAAAGGUAGCACAUCAGAAACAAAAGGUAAGGGAAUCUCUCGUAAGAAGUUAAAAUCUGAGUCAGACACAGAGAAUUGUGAUGCUACAGUUGGAACAAGUCGGACAAAAAUUGAUGUUUAUUUGAAUGACAGUCGUCGUACAGUAGCCAAAGUUGAGCCAGAAGCAAAAGUUCAAGAAAAGAAACAAUUUAAAACAUUUGAAGAGGCUUUCUUAUAUUCUAUAUCGGAAGGGAAUCUGGGACGUAGAAACGCUGCCAAGCGUAAUCAUUACUGCUCUACAACAACUGAUAAUGAUAAAUCUGAUGGAAAUACAGUGGCUGAUAAUUGCAUUUUUCAAAUAAAAAAAGAGGGAGUUGAGGAGGAACCAAGGGUGAAAAAGGCAAAAGUAGAGGAAAAAACAGAAAAUAAUGAAACUGUUACUGUUAAGAGUGAGAAUAAAGUUGAAGCAAAUCUGGAGGAAGAUAUUGAAAAGUUAAAGCAUCAAACUGAUCAGUUUCUUCAGAAAUAUAAGAAAGAUAGCAAUCUAGAUGCUUCAUCUCAUCUCAUUAAAGUCGACGUCCAUGAAAGAAAUAAACUGGCAACAAACACCCCAUCAAAUAGCAAUGAACAUAAUUACGUUUGUAAGAAGAAAAUGGCAGCAAAAAAUUUGAAUGAGCAGAAAAGCUCGGAGUAUAAGGUAAAAAAUGAACCGGAAACAGAGUGCAAAUUACCGAAGGAUUUAGUAGAGAAACAUAAAGACUUGGGACAGGAACUUAUUCAGUUAACACAUGACAUUAUCCAACAACAGUCUACAAAAUCUCACAAGUAUUUGGAUCAUUCGAGUAAAGGAUUGUUUAAUACUAAGACUACCUCUGAUUUAAACAGUAAUUGUACUGCAUCCAAUCAGCCAUCUGUUUACCCCACGCAACUUUUUGGUGAAACAGUAUCAAGUAAAUUAAUGCAAUCUGUAAAUAAUCCAUCUAAUCCUAUGUACUGUAAAGAAUUUGGUAAAAACUCAGCAUCUAGUAGUUUAGACUUUUCACAGCUUGCCAGUCAAGUUGACAAUUCAAAGACUGUGAAACAAGGUGACCAUACAGACAUGAAUCUGUUAUUUACAAUUCACAAGUUAUCAUCUGCGUUACAAAGUCAGCCGAAAUCUGAUGUCCAAAAGUCAGUUCAGCAGCAAUUGCAGCAUGCACCAGGAUCUCAGGGAAAUUGUAGCAGCUUGACGGUAGAUGUUAAUCUAGCUAACAACAGCAAGAAAUUACCACAUGAAGUGAAAUCGCCAGCAAUAUUGAGGUCCGGUUGUACCUCUAUGAAAUCCCCAGGACGGCAGAAAUCUCCUUCAAGUUUUGCUGUACAAGGUGGAUAUCAGCAAAUGUCCCCUGUUCAGAUGAGUAAUAGGAUUUCAAAUGUUCCAUUGAUGACAACUCGAAUGUCACCGCAGGGGAGAUCAUCUAAUUCUAGUAUUGUUAGAAUUCAGUCCCCUACAGGUACACAGCAUCAUGUCCAGCUUCAAGGUCAGCAGCAUAAAUCACCACCCAGAUUAUCAUCAAUCCAGUCACCUGUUCAAAAGCAGGUUAUUUCACCGUCAUUAAAAUCUCCACCUGUGUUAUCCCAAGUUGUAAAUACUUCAUCUAUGUCUUCAUCGCAUACACAAGUACAUAAUUCUCUACAUCAGGCUCUAAAUACACAGCAUACUCCGAGUGUAUCUCUAUAUAGUUCUGGUCAGAAUCCUGCCUCAUCCUCAUUAAAUCAUCAUGUUGAACAAGGGCAGAUAGUGAAUUCACAAGGAAUAAGAAUGAUCUCAAAUGGACAAAAACUAAUUCCGCUCCCAACUGCCACACAAACUCAAAAUGUAACGCAGGCAGUCGGUGGACAGGUAUUGAGUAUGGGGCAAAUGGUGAACCCUCUGUUAGUCAGACAACAAUUCAGUUCACAAAUACAAGCUCAGACUGUUGCAAAUAACCAGGGAAUGCUGUUACGUCCUCAAGUUGUUCAGCAGAGUUUGACUGGUUCUAGUGUUAAUCAGACGCAAGUGAGAAAUGUGAUAACAAGCCCGCAAUUAGUUGCUAUGGCAAAUCAGGGUUUAGUGCAGUUAGGUAUGGCAAACGUAACUGGCAAUCCAGUGAAUGCAAAUGUCCAGUCAAGAAUUGUAACACAUGGAAAUCAGACUUUUUUACUGAAUAUCCCUGUGAUGAGGUCCACCACCAGCGAUAUUUCUGGUAGUGUUGUGCAGACUCCAGCCGGUAACAGUCCUGUUACUGCUAUCUCAUCACAGGGGAAACAAAAUCAGGUUGGUCAAAUUAUGCUGCAGUCGCAGACAACUGUCUCAAAUAGCAAUUUAAACACAGCUGCUCCACUUCUAUUGGUUAACAAUUCUACAGGCAGGUGUUUUACUAGUGCUAAAGCGUUGAAAAAUGAAACAUUGCCUAAUAAGACUGAAAUUAUAAACCAUACAAAGUCAAAUGUGCUAAUGACACCAAUAGUGAGUAACUCUGUUGCUGUUUCAAAUACUCUAAUGACAAUUUCAUCGUCAGUGAGUCCUAGAAACGUUGUUACACAAAAUUCAUUGUUGGUUUCUAACUCGGAUAUGGGUUUAAGAUCGAUAUAUAAUACAGAUACAGAUAAUUCAAACAAACAAAGAAAUGGCAAAGAUAAGUUAUUGUUGACAAGAAAUGUUAAUGGUAAUUUAAUUAAAGAAGAAGUCAUUGAUGUAAAAGACUUGAAAUACAGUGCGGUGUGUGUUGAAGUGAACUCAAAUAGUGAUGAAAAGUACUCUCCUUUUUUGAAGGAAGCAAAGAGUGAUGUUUCAUUACAUCGCCAAUCUUUGAGUGUGUCGCCACCUCCAAGGUUGCAAAGUCCUAAUAAGAUAAUGCAACUUGUUCCACAACCUAUCGUCCCAAUCUCACAAACAUUUGCUUCAACUAUGUCAAAUAUGAAGCCUUUAUUUUCUGACCCCUCAUUGUACAGUGGAGCUAUCCCAUCGCAAUUGUUGGAUGGUGAAGAAAGUGAAGAUGUAAAACCUCCUAUUCUAGAAAUGGAAGCACCCAUGCUUGAAAUGGAAGCACCGAUUCUAAAAUUAGAGUCUGAGGGUGAUUCAGUUAGUGUUAAAAGUGAACCUGACACUUUAUCCAAUUAUUCUGUCGGCAGCAAUUCAAUGAGUCUAUCCAGCUCAUUCAGAUCAGAUUUAGAUGGUAUGCCGGUGUACCCUAUGACUAGCAAUGGGUUAGAGCCAUCAUCAACUAUCAUACAAACAACUAGUUACAAUGCAUUUUCUGGACAGGGGCGGCAGGUUGAAAAUAGGAAAAGACGUAAAUCAGCAGCUGAUGGAGUGAAGGAGAAUACUUUCCUACCUGGUGAUGUAUCACCAACCAAAAAGAACUGUAAAUCUGCCAAGGGCAAGUUAAAAGAAAUCCAGGAAAGUAGGCAGCAUAAAGGGAACGAGAAGAAAAAAGACGAUUCUGGCAAAUGUAAAAAGAGAAACCCAUUAAAAAAAUCAAAAGAGGAAAACUCAAAGAAAGGUGAAAACAUAGAUGUGAAUGCCGAGUGGAUGAAACCAUUGAAGGGAUUGUGGCAGAAUUUCCCACUGGAUUUCGAUGCAGAGGUGAAAUUUAACAGAAACUAUUCCCAGCACACUCCUCAUUGCUGUAUAUGUGCUUUAUUUGUGCCAUUUAAGGUGAGUUCUGACUCGGCGGAAUCCAGGUCUCCGCAGAAACAAAAAGCUCUGAUGCCGAAACGAUCACUCCCUAUGAUCCCGGAGAUGUGCUUUGCUACCAGUACAGACAACCCAAAUCCUUUUGGAUUUAACACAUUGCUAGAUGAGGAUGGCCUCAGUCCAUUGCUAGUUUGUGAAUCCUGCAAAGUGUGUGUGCAUGCAAGUUGCUAUGGUGUACAACAUGAAGAUGGAACAAAAUGGAAAUGCACACGGUGUUUGAAACAGGAAGUUGAAGCUGAGUGUGUAUUGUGUACACUGCGGGGUGGAGCACUGAAGCCCACAAAAGAUGGUCAAUGGGCACAUAUUGUCUGUGCCUUAACAAUCAAAGAAGUAAAAUUUGAAGAUAUACAAAGACGAGAGCCAAUUAACACCUCCAAUAUUACAAUUGCACGUAUAAGACUGAAAUGUCAGUACUGUAAUGGGAUGGUAUCAGAUCCUACAUUUGUACGAAGGACUUGUGUACAGUGCUCUAACGGGAGAUGUACAUUGUCGUUCCACGUUACCUGUGCUCACGCUGCCGGUGUUGUGUUUGAAACCAGCGACUGGCCACACCCUGUGUAUAUUACAUGUUCCAGGCACAUGCACCUGACUAAGGUAAAGCAAAAAGAGAGAAAAUUAACACCACUGGAGGUGGGUGAUCGUGUUAUAGCGAAGCAUAAAAAUACUCGUUACUAUGUAGCCGAGGUUCUAGACUGUAGAGAUCAGGUUUUCUAUGAGGUGGACUUUGAUGAUGGAUCCUUUAGUCAUGAUUUAUACCCAGAAGAUAUAAACGGUCAUAGAGCGGAGGAUGGGCCACCUCCAGUAGGAACAAAGGUGAAGGUGAUAUGGACAGAUGGUACUUUAUGGGGAGCUACAUUUAAGGGAACUAAUUCUCAGGUGGUUUACAAGAUUGGGUUUGAGGAUGGUUCAGAGAGAAGUAUUCCGAGAGAUGAACUAUGGAUGCAGGAUGAGGAGUUACCUAAAAGUGUGAAAACUAGAAUGUCUCAUGCCUCCGACAGCAAGUAUGAUACUUUUGACAAGGAGAAAAUCAUAGAAAAAGAGGUCAAAGGUCACAGUAUUCGACAGAAACAGAAGAUCUCGUAUUCGGCACUCCUCAACAACUUCGAUACAUCAUAAAGAAAGUUGACUACUAAAUAGUUUCAAUGUAUUGAAUAGGUUUUAAAAAAUCUAAAAGUUUAAUUUUACCAAUGUUUUGAACGAUAUGAAAUUUUGGAUGUUAACAUACAGAAAUUGAAGUUUUGAUUUUUUACUUUGUUGGAAUAUGGAAGUGUAUGAUGUAGCAAGUCAUGUGCCAUGAGAACAAUCAAAGGGAAGUAAAUCUGUCAGUGUUGAAAGGCAUGAGACAUGUUUUAGACAAAGUGUAAAUUUGUGUUUUGUUUGACUCGAUGAACUUUUUAAAGGCAGCUUUUGAGAUGAUAGUCUUAACUUUCUUUUCCUUUUUUUUUUUAAUGAAUUCACUAUUAUAAUGAUGUUAUGUAUUUGUAUAUUUUUACUUUUGCCAUGUCAUAAGUACAUUAAGUGUGCUAAUUUGAUUUUUAAACAACUUUUGUUGAUGCAUAGAUCACGUUAAAAUAAUAAUGUCAGAGGGUAGUCAGUGUUUUCAUGUUAAACUUAAGCAGUGUGUAAUAAUUGAUAAGUUUAGAAGUUGUUAAGGACUUUGGUCUUACAGUUUUCAAAUUAAGAUUCUUGCAACCAGUCAGGUUCUGUCACAGUUGGUUGGCUGGUUCUCUCGCAGCUGAUUGGCUGGUUCUCUCGCAGCUGAUUGGCUGGUUAACUGA